AUGGCAUCUAGACCCUCAAUAUCGUCCAAUGAUGUCGUUGGUCUGCUCGCCGCGCAGGGACAGCGUCGCCGGAAGCAGAUCUAUGAUGAGCGGAAGGGACUGAGUGUACCGGCAGAAUUCGAAGAUCGAGCAAACCGUCGUCGUUCGAUGGAUAUCGCCUUGGGGGAACCCGAGCCUGGCACGCCCCCCAGUGACUCUACCGCACCGCAGCUCCCUUGGACCCCUACGGAUGAGAAGAAGGUGACGCUGUUCAGCCUCGAAGAGAACCCAAACUACAAAUGUAAUCCUGUGGCAUUCUCGAAGGUCGAAAUUCUGGAUGCGUUGGAGCAGGGUUACACUGGGAACAACGUGUUGGCAUUCCUCAAUGCCAGAACUGAUCUGGAGCUAGAGAUGAUGAGAUCUUCUCGCUCCAGCAAGCACUCCUUCCACACAGCAGAGGAGACGGACAGCGUCCACGCGUACGCCUACAACCGUAACGAGCCCAAAUCCCUCUACUUUCACCCCAACACCGCUCUCACUUCUCCGUCAUCGACCGUCGACCAGGCAACGGUACGGGUGGAAUCACAUGGAAGUGAGAGCAUGUCGUCAGCUCAUCUCCCGUUUGCUGGUCAUGCGGCUUCUUCCGUUUCGCCCUCUGAUAAGAACUCGUCGAGCCCCCCUCUUCGAUCUUCUCGCAAGUUCGGCAAAGACAUCAACCUUCGUUCGCCCUUUAGUGCAACCACCGUCUCUGAAGCUGCUACUACACCCGAGUUGGAUCGUACCAGGCUCUCAGCUGCUGAAAGCCAUCGUACCUCUGAUAUCUCAAGUGAGAGCUCAGAACCUUCAGCGGCAACUCUGACACCAGAAGCUUCAGCCACACACGAGGCUGCCGUUGCUCACGCACUGAGUGCUCUAGGCAGCAGAGGUGUCAUCAAGACUGUUACUGUUGAGAAGAGGGUCGUUUUCGUAGAACAACGCAAGACAUUCAAGGUCACCAGUCAGGCACGACAAGCUCAGUCCACUUCACGGAUAUUCGAAGCUCAAGCAAGAUCAGCCAAGUUUGUCUCCUUCACCCGUGAAGCGUUCGUUGGCACCUCAGCCACUUGA